CGCCUUAAAGGAGCCGUCAGAGGGUGCCCGGCGGUCCCUAGGCUUCUCCCCUUCGGGCCGAGGGGCUGGGGUGGCGGGGCCCUGCCGCCGGACCUCUGGCGGCCUGCAGGAAGGCAGCAGGGUGCUCUGUGGCGUCGCAGACCUCACGUGCUCAGAAGAGGCAGUGGCAAGUUGUCCCAGGCUGGCAUGAAGUAAGCGCACAGAGUUCCUGAAUUAAUGCCUAUCCUGGGGCAGAGUCCAGGGCGGCUCAAGGCUCCUCCACACGCGCCCGCCCGCUGAACCCUGAGCACCCUGAGCCGCAGGAUGGGGCGGGCCGGGGCUGCCGCCAUGAUCCCGGGCCUGGCCCUGCUCUGGGCAGCAGUGCUGGGGGAUGCUACCCCCAGCCCCCCACGCCUUCGGCUCUCCUUCCAAGAGCUCCAGGCACGGCACAGUCUCCGGAUCUUCAGGCUGGAGAGGACCUGCUGUUAUGAAGCUCUGCUGGUGGAUGAGGAAAGAGGACGCCUAUUUGUGGGUGCGGAGAACCACGUGGCCUCCCUCAGCUUGGACAACAUCAGCAAGCAGGCCAAGAAGCUGGCCUGGCCGGCUCCUGUGGAAUGGCGAGAGGAGUGCAACUGGGCCGGGAAGGACAUUGGUACGGAGUGCAUGAACUUCGUGAAGUUGCUGCAUACCUACAACCGCACCCACUUGCUGGCUUGUGGCACAGGGGCCUUCCACCCAACCUGUGCCUUUGUGGAGGUGGGCCACCGGCUGGAGGAGCCUGUGCUGCGGCUGGAUCUUCGAAGGCUAGAGGACGGCAAGGGCAAGAGUCCUUAUGACCCAAGGCAUCGGGCUGCCUCCGUGCUGGAGAAGAACUAUACUCAGGGGUGGCUGCAGACCUCAUGGGCCGGGACUUCACCAUCUUCCGCAGUCUGGGCCAGCGUCCAAGCCUCCGAACAGAACCACACGACUCCCGCUGGCUCAACGAUUCUGUGGGAUGCCAGCACCACCCCAGUGAACUUGGUCCUGGGGACUGGCUGGUCAGAGCCCAAGUUUGUCAAGGUCUUUUGGAUCCCAGAGAGCGAGAAUCCCGACGAUGACAAGAUCUACUUCUUCUUCCGGGAGUCGGCAGUGGAGGCUGCACCGGCAAUGGGACGCCUGUCUGUGUCCCGUGUUGGCCAGAUCUGCCGGAAUGACGUGGGCGGCCAGCGCAGCCUGGUCAACAAGUGGACCACGUUCCUGAAGGCACGUCUGGUGUGCUCAGUGCCAGGUGCCGAGGGUGACACGCACUUCGACCAGCUCCAGGAUGUGUUCCUGCUGUCCUUGAGGGACCGCUGGAGCCCGCUGCUCUACACUGUCUUCACCACAUCCAGCACCAUCUUCCAAGGCUCUGCAGUGUGUGUGUACAGCAUGAACGAUGUGCGCCGUGCAUUCCUGGGGCCCUUUGCACACAAGGAAGGGCCCAUGCACCAGUGGGUGUCCUAUCAGGGCCGAGUCCCCUACCCCCGGCCAGGCAUGUGCCCCAGCAAGACCUUUGGCACCUUCAGUUCUACCAAGGACUUUCCUGAUGACGUCAUUCAGUUUGCCCGGAACCACCCGCUCAUGUACAAUUCUGUCCUGCCCAUGGGUGGGCGCCCUCUCUUCCUACAAGUGGGUGCUGGGUACACCUUCACCCAGAUCACUGCAGACCGUGUAGCAGCUGCUGAUGGGCACUACGACGUCCUCUUCAUUGGCACAGAUGUUGGCACAGUGCUGAAGGUGAUCUCAGUGCCCAAGGGCAGCCGGCCUAACGCGGAGGGGCUGCUCUUGGAGGAGCUGCACGUGUUUGAGGAUUCGGCUGCUAUCACCAGCAUGCAAAUCUCUUCUAAGAGACACCAGCUGUACGUAGCCUCGCGGAGCGCGGUGGCCCAGAUCCCCUUGCACCGCUGUGCUGCCCACGGCCGCGCCUGCGCCGAAUGCUGCCUGGCGCGUGACCCUUACUGCGCCUGGGACGGGGCCGCGUGCACGCGCUUCCAGCCCAGCGCUAAAAGGCGGUUCCGGCGGCAAGACGUGAAGAAUGGUGACCCCAGCACGCUGUGCUCAGGUGACUCGUCCCAUCCCACACUGCUGGAGCGGAAGGUGUUCGGUGUGGAGGGCGGCAGCGCCUUCCUGGAGUGUGAGCCCCGCUCGCUGCAGGCACGCGUGGAAUGGACCUUCCAGCGCGCGGGGGAGGCGGCCCGCACCACGGUGGCUGCGGAGGAGCGCGCGGAGCGCCUGCCCCGGGGACUGCUGCUGCGCGGGCUGCGGCGCGGGGACUCAGGCGCGUACCUGUGCGCAGCUGUUGAGCAGGGCUUUUCGCAGCCUCUGCGUCGCUUGGCGCUACACGUGCUGAGUGCUGCGCAGGCCGAAAGGCUGGCCCGGACAGAGGAGGCUGCGCCCGUCGCCCCUCCGGGCCCCAAGCUCUGGUACCGGGACUUCCUGCAGCUGGUGGAGCCGGGCGGCGGCGGCGCUGGGUCCCUGCGAAUGUGCCGUCAGCAGCCGGAGUCGCGCCCACCCGCUCCCGAGUCGAGGAGGAAGGGCCGAAACCGCCGAAGGAACGCCCCGGAGCCGCGCGCCGAGCGGGGGCCGCGCAGCGCCGCUCACUGGUGACUCGGUCGUCCACGCCGGGUACAGGGAAGGAGGCCACAGGCUGGAGGGGGAGGCCAGACCCUGGGGGACGCACCGCUGGGGGGCCCGGCGCACUGGCCCCUGGACGAUGGAUGAUGGAGACCCCGACCGACAGGCCCUAGCCGAGGGGCUGCCUCGCCGGCUUAUUUAUUAACAGAGGAUAACCCUUGAAUGUAGCCCUGGGAGGGGCGGCCCAGGCCUGGCACAGGGUCCUGUUGGUGUGAGGAGACAGAGAAACAGGGCUUCCGAGCAACGACCUGGGUGGAGGAGGCGCCUGGAGUGCCCACCCUGGGGGAAGGACCUCCUCCCUGGGCAAUGAGCAGAAAGCUGUGAACAGGCUGAGCGGGUGGGGGGGGGGGCAGGCCAACUGUACUAAUGCAAUAAACACAUUAUCAGCUGAAGCUGGAAUGGCCCCAGCGGACAACCACUGUGUGGCCUUGGGCAACUUCCUACUGGUCUCAAGAGCUCCUUUCUGCUAAGGAUCCUGUGGUGAGGAUUAAAAAUGGUUUCCAUGUGA